GGAGGGAGGGAGAGAGGAGGAGGGGAGGGAGAGGGGGAAAGUUGGGAAGUUCUGCUCUGUGGUGGUAACACAUGUACAGCGGAAGCGGAAGCGCUCCCCAAUAAGUUGGUAAAGUUUAGCCAUUUCUAGUGUGGAUUUCUCUGCAGAAGAGACGGCAGUGAAGGAUCGCUCUGAUAUGGUUCAUGCAUUGUUUUGAAGUGAAGGGAACACAAUAGUUGCUAUGGAGGAGGCAGUGCAAUCCAGCCGAGCACGUAGCUGGAAAAAUGCUACAGAGAAACGGAAGGCCUUUGCGAGAAGCAGAGAUUCUUGGCAAGUGUCUGAGGCAGAGGAUAUGGGCGUUAGGACAGGGCAAUCCGGAGACAACACUUCGAAUCUAGAGCUGGCUAACACUUCGUCUACAGAAAAUGGCAUAUCAAAUAAGAAGAUUGAAAUUUGGCUUCAAGAUUGUGGAACUCCAAUGGGAGUAUCUCUGGAUGAGCAAAGCCACCCGACGUUAAAAGGCUCAGCUAUAAAACAUGGAAGCAGUUUUGAAGAUGAUCUGUCCUUAGGUGCAGAAGCUAAUUACCUUCAUUCCAACGGCGAUUCAGCGGAGGCAGCAAAUUAUGGGACAUCGGCCAAAGAAAAGCGCAGGCAGUUUUGUGAAAUGGGAAGGAGUAUGAACUCUACUGGCUCAGGCAAAAGCAGCACAACUGUGUCAAGUGUUUCAGAGUUAUUAGACCUUUAUGAAGAGGACCCUGAAGAAGUGCUGUAUAAUCUGGGAUUUGGAACUGAUGAACCUGACCUCGCUUCUAAAAUUCCACCCCGAUUUUUCAGCGCAACAUCAUUUGCGAGAGGAAUCGAUUUCAAACUCUUUUUAGAUACUCAAAUGCAACGUUUGGAAUUGGACAAUCCGAAUUUUGCUCUUACAAGUCGGUUUCGGCAGAUUAAGGUUCUCACCACUGUGGCAAAUGUGUUCUCCUCUUUGUACUCUCAUGUUUCCGGUAAUCCUCUGCAACAAAUUGGGGGUAUGUGUGAAAUACCACCUGGAAAUCCGGUUCCUAUCGUUCGAAAUAGUGCAGCCAAUAAAUUAAAGAAGACUGUAUCGAAACUCAGUUUACAUGGAGCUCAGCAGAUAAAAUCAAUAGAAUCAAACAAUCAAGAGACUCCGUCGGGAACAGGCAAUGAAAAAACAUCGGAGGAUCCCGAAACUAACAAUAUCAGUACCGAGAACGAUGAGAGGAAAGGUGAAAUCAAACUGAAGAAAGAAGGAAGAAAUCAUAAGUGGCGUAUCACAGCGGAUCCUUUACUGAAACCAGUAAGUGAAGAAAUAUUGGGUGCCAACGACAAGCCUUUGAAAGACUCAGUUUCUGUCGGUGAUAAAUCCAUGCAGAGUGACUCUCCUUUAGGUGAACGACAGCUUGGCGUCUCGGACGGUUCCUGUAUUGAUAAAAACUCAAGUACAUCUACGGACGUGGAACAGACACGUGAAAGUGUGGAGAUUGUCUCCACAGAACCGCAUUGUUCGACCCCUGAAAAAGGGCCAGCUGUGCUGAUUCAGCAUCCGAUGGUCAAAAACCUGAUGGAACAGCAGAAGGAAUUCUCGUUUGAGUUAGAAGAGGUUCAAAGCAAUGAAGGAGAAGGGUUAAAUACUGUAAACACAACAAGCAAUCCUGGCCCAUCCGAUUCAGUGCUUGUGGUUUCAGGAACCAAUAAAAGACAUUUUACAAGAACUGCCAGUUCACAUUCAGAUAGCAGUGGCUUCGCAGAAGAUCCAUCCACUGAUAUGCUUAGCCAUUAUCAGGGUCAGGAUGCCUCCCUCCAAGCCAUGGGCAGUAGUGCCGACAGCUGUGAUAGUGAAACCACAGUCACAUCUUUCGUCGAUGACAUUAAAACUCCGCUGAGUUGUGACCAGUCAUUUUUCACCCCUUCUCAAACACCAAUGGACAAUGUGCCCAUGGAUUUAUUUGAAGGUGACAUAUGUGCUCCUGGUUUGACUGAUUCCAACGAACAAGGAGAGUUGGAGAGUGACUCUGCUCCCGAUGUUUUUUUGCAACCAGGGGAACAAGGGUUUUGGGUGAUGAUGAUCAGAAAUGUUCGUUGCAGAUUGAAGCGACUCAAAACUCCGAGAGUGAUGGGAACUCUCCAAGUGAAGAGGACCUUCCUGCGUGUUCUGUGUAUCAGUUGGGGAAACAAAAACAGUACAGUGUGGAGUCGGGUCUGUUGGAAUUCAGAACGUGAAAGUUUAAGUUCUGACACUUCUACCGAAAAGUCGAAUGUUUCCUCUCCACCUGCAAACAGAGUUACUACAGCACUUGAGAGACCUGAACCGAAGCAGAGCAUAUCUGCCUCAGAUAUGCCCAGCUUAAGAGAAGGGCGCCCAGUGGCGAAAGCAAGCCACGGGACAAUACAAGCAAGGGAGAAGCUGUACAAAAGAGACCCUCUGGCAAAGAUGAAGCGAAACCCUUUUCAGAGGUCCAGUUCACUCCCAACCACUCUGCUUAGUCCGGUCAGAGUUGUAUCCUCUUUAAAUAUUCACUUAUCGCCAGAUAGUGAUUCUCAAUGUGAUGCACCCUCCUUUACUUACAAAUACAGUCCCUUGGAGGAAGAUUCGGAGGCCACUAAUAGCCAGGAUGAGAAGACCACCAAAGAUGAACCCGUGCAGUUGUCGUGUCGGUCAACGCUUUUUAUCCCAUCUUCACGUGCGAAAAAAGAGAGGAGUACGAGGCAGGUGACUUUAAACCAAGGCACGGAUGAAACGUCCCACUGCAGAUUGAGCUCGCAGACCUUUCCGAUGGCAUCACAUUUAUCGCAGUCUUCCUGUUCCCUUCACUCAAUUGCUUCAGAUUGGCAAGACCGACCUCUCUGUGAGCACAUGAGGGCCUGGAGUACGUGCAGUGUUCCCAACCUUAUGGAAUCACCUCACAGGCCGUUUGCAUCACAAACUCACGGGGCGUUUGCAUCACAAACUCACGGGGCGUUUGCAUCACAAACUCAUGGGGCAUUUGCAUCACCUUUUGCACAUCUGUAUCCUCCGAGGCCUGUGGCCCACAACUAUCGGCACUUCCCAGUGAAUCCUCCAUCAGUCAUUGAAACUCAGCUACGCAGAGUCCUGUAUGAUAUAAGAGGCACGUUGCAGAACCUCUCUCAGAUUCCAAUGCUUCGGGGAAAUGGUCAAUUGCCUGCCCACUGUGCUUCUUUGAGAUCAAAUCUCAUCCCUUUAUAUGAAGCCACAUUUCAGGAGCUACAAGUCAUGAGAAGGAAUCUGAACUAUUUUAGGACACAGAUGAUGGAUUUGGAACUUGUUAUGUUGAGGCAACAAACCAUGGUUUACCAGCACUUGACUGAAGAGGAGAGGCAAGAGGCUGACCAGCUGCAGAAUCUUCGAAACUAUGUGCGGAUGGAGCUGCAAGAGUUAGAAGUGCAGUUAGAGGAGAGAUCGUACUCCCUGGAGGAACAGCUCAGAACCCCACAACAGUUUUCCCAAUUCCGACCGCAGCCACAUACUGGGAUGUUCGCUGGUAGCAUGGACGGCAUGUCUUCUGCUUCUCUAGAUGUAAUGGAACCGGUAACUGAGCUUCUGCGAGAACAAUCCUCUCUUCGGUCUGAGCUGGGAUUCUCUGAGCCCUCGAGGGAGAGUUUUGAAUACACACAGUCCUGUCCACCUUACACUAACCUAGAAGCUUUGUCACGCUGCUCGAGCCCAGGUCGAAUGUCUAGAUUUUCAUCACCAAGCACUUUGAGUCUCAGUCAGCAACCUGUGCUGAACACUACUGAACGAUCUGGAAAGGCAACAAACCCAACUACCUCAUCAACACGAAACAAACAAGUGUACCGUUCGUCAGUCAUGCUGACUCCCGCAACGCCAGCUCGGGGAGAAGGCAGCAUUUCACCAGAAACUAUAUCGUCUAGAACAGUAAAUCAAAAGUCGGAACCGCCAAGAGCAUCUCCAUUCCCUGGGGCCAUCGGCAAGAGUAUCGUGGAACAUCCAGAAUUCCAGAAUGUUCUGCAAGAGAUAAAAGAUUCAAUUGUUGGAGAAAUAAAGCGUGAAAUUGUGGAUCAACUCCUUGCUGCAGUGUCAUCUGGCAGGACUGCUGUGGGUGAACAGGAAGAGUCCUCGUAGCUCCAAAUUCUCGAGAAUGAUGUUCUCAGUUCUGACGUGCUUUCGGAAGAGUCAUUCCUGAACAUCAACUAAACCCAAUGAAUUUCUGUCACUUGGAACAUUGGCUUCUGGUAGCCUAGCUGGUCAAACAUGGCACCAAACUCAUUCAACUUACAUAUCCAGUGCUUUAGGAGAUGUUAUUGCUGCUGAGAUGGUCUACUCUUCUCUCUCCGUCUAACACAAUUAGAUACAGACAGACCCCUUGAUUACGCUUCAUGUCUUUACUUUGGGCUUCACUUAGCUAAAUGCAUUUUAGAAGGUGUUAGCUCAAAUGUACCUGUCAGGUUCAACAUGUGACGUAAAUUUGUUCUAAUAUUUAUUUGUGUCUUUCUGUCACAGAUUCAGGCAUUUACACGUACCCUCAUGUCUGUGUUUAGGGUAAGGCAGAAACUUGAAAUUCCAUUUAUAGGUUAGGUCAGCUGUGGUAUAGUUUAUAACAUUCCUCCUGUGGAAAACUCUUUGUUUAAAUUUCUUGCUUGAAGCACUGACCUCUGUGAGGUACUACCUGUGCAAUAAAUAACUCUUUUAAAUGUUAGCAAACUUGAAUUGACAGAUGCAUCUUUACUGCUGUUUUUUACUCACACCACUUGUAAUAUUUGUGAAAAAAAAUACUACAUUUAAAAACAAUUCUAUGUAACUAGGUUUAAAAAGAAAAAAGAAUACGAUUUGAAGGUGAUUGGAUAGUAGCUUUCUGAGUAAUAUAAACUGUUGCUCAGACAGUCUUACACUGUAUUUUUGUUGGCCUUAAGUGUUGGAUUUAUUGGGAAAUGUUGAAUGGGAUACAGUACAAGGGUUUGGAUGCCAGCAUACUUAAGUGCCUAAAGCUUUUUGUAAUUUGUACUUGACACAUGGUUAUUGUAGUUGCUAAAGGUGUGUGCUUGGGUUCUCAUGUACGGACUGUAUGUAAAAAGGGAUUUGUAAAAGUCUAACUUGGGAUGCAUGUGGGUUUUAUUGAAAUCACUAAUAUUUAUUUUAAAUAAAAGACUAUCUCUCCCAA